AGUCAAACCAUGCAAACUGGCUCCGAUUCUCUCCUCCCUCAGGGUGCGUCGUCCAGCCUGGUGGUCAAGUUUGCCGACACGGACAAGGAGCGCACCAUCCGCCGCAUGCAGCAGAUGGUGGGCCAGUUUGGCAUCUUCAACCCUGCUAUCGCCCUGCCCUUCAGCACCUACAGCACCUACAGCACCUACGCACACGCACUGAUGCAGCAGCAGGCGGCCCUCAUGGCUGCCAGUCACGGAGGCUACCUGGCGCCCAGUGUGGCCUUUCCCACCACCCAGAUCCACCAGAUGGGGGCGCUCAAUAUCAACAGCCUGCCACCCACCACCAUGACCCCGGUGUCGGGUGAGUUUCAUCAGACACUGGCAGGCCUCAGCUCACCACCUGCCAACAUCACUACAUCAGCCGUCCCCAGCAUUGUCACUCCUAUCGUCAACGGCUUUACCAGCAUCCCUCACCAGCCCAACGGACACCCUGCGGUUGAGGCCAUGUACACCAACGGACUGCCCCCUUACUCCACCCAAAGCCCCACAGCUGCAGACACCCUGCAACAGGCCUUCACGGGGGUGCAGCAAUAUACAGCCAUCUACCCAGCGACCACACUGACCCCUAUUGGCCAAAGCUUGCCACAGCCACCGCAAGUCAUUCAACAGCAGCAGCAGAGAGAAGGUGAGGGACCAGAGGGCUGCAACCUCUUUAUCUACCAUCUACCGCAGGAAUUUGGCGACAACGAACUCAUGCAGAUGUUCCUCCCAUUUGGUACAGUCAUCUCCUCCAAGGUCUUCAUGGACAGAGCCACCAACCAGAGCAAAUGUUUCGGCUUCGUUAGCUUCGACAACCCAGCAAGUGCACAUGCUGCUAUCCAGGCCAUGAACGGCUUUCAGAUCGGCAUGAAGAGGUUGAAAGUGCAGUUAAAACGGCCGAAGGAUGCGAGCCGCCCGUACUGACAGGGCCCAACCCACACAGGGCUCUCAGCAACAGCACAGGAUUUGAAGAGUGAAAUCUCAAAAGGAAUUUAACUUUUUCUUUCAAAACAAACAAGAACAACAUGAAUGGAUUUUUUUGAAGACAUAUCAGCAUUUAUUUUACGAAGAUGUUCAGUAUAUAGGAGGCGGUAUUGCAGGUGAACCGGCACCCGUGGACAAACCACACUUAGCACAGCGCACGAAAGACAAGUGGAAGAUCUCUCUAAAGACAGAGAACUCAACAUGUCCCGUCUCUCGCUGAGCUUCGCACCAUCAGUCAAGCAACAAACAAAAAGAAAAAACUAGCAAGAACAACUUCAAUUUCUAUAUACAUAUUAUACACACAUGCUAUUUAAAGGAAGAGGCGCUUAUGGCUUUUAUUACACUGGACAAAUGAGGGUUAAACUUGAAAACCAAGGAAAAAUGCAGUGGGGAAAAAAAGAAGCUCUUCUUGUCCCGCUAGUGGACUUUCUUUCUCUUUUCCUCUUACCUUUUCUUCUGUCACCGUCUUUCAGCAAACGCAGGACAUUCUGUGGUCACAAGAGGUUUCCAUGCCCUCAGUGAAACUGAUCAAUCUUUCACCCCAAAGGGACCAAAGGACCAAACAUUUUUAUUCCUCAACAGAAAUAUAUGGUAUUAAUAACAAUACUAAUACUACAAACUACUACUAACGACAUAAGUUUAAAGAAAAAAAUAAUAAAAAGCAUAAAUAUUCGCUUCAGGUCGGAAGAGGAAAGGGAUUUUGAUUUCUUUUCCUUUUACAUUUAUAGCUACUGGGUUUCAGAAUAUUUAAACAAAAUAGAAAAACGAAGAAAAAAAAAGAAUUUUAAAAGCUAUACUAUUUUAGUGGAGUAGAAUAUGUGGAUUGGAGAUUGUUAGGAGCAUGUUCAGCCAUUUUCAUCCAUGAAGAAAAAAAAAACAAAGGGGGAAACUGUCCAUCAUCCAUCCAUGUCAGAAAUAGGCCCAUGUUCCAGAGAACAAAUGCUGAGUAUUAUUAUAUAUGCAUGUGCGAAGUGUUGCUGGUUUAGCAAAACCUUGGGUAGAUAUUCACAAACAAACAUAUUUAUCCGAUGAAAGCUUUACUUAUUGAGCAGAAUAAGUACCUGUGGCUUCAACGCAAACUAUCCGCAAUAUAAACAGCUGUACCAUUGCACAGGUAAAUAAUACAAAAAUACAGUUAGUGCUUGACAGGGAUUGGAAAUUUUAGUUUAGUUUAGUUUUUUUUUUUUCACCACUUCAGUGAUUUUUCAACUGAAGUGGUUCUAGUUUGAGUUCAUCAGGUCUACGACUGUGCUUCAUGAAGUAACACGCAACUUUACUAUUACAAGGGACCUGUAGACUUUUCAUAUCAUCCAUUUUGUGCAUACUCAUCAAACAGUUGGUGCCAAAUGCUGAAUAUCAACUGAUAAAGCACAUUAAUAAGAAAACCAAGCAGUUACAAAGAUACCAAGCCUUAAACCCUUACACAGCCCACAAAAUGAGGUUCGUAACGGACCUACUGAACGGACAAACUUGUUAUUGCUUACAACUUCUGAAGCACAUCAGAGUUUUACAGGAACCAUCUUGCGGCAUCAAAAUAAUAGUCAAAUUCAGCCUCGGAAACCUGCACAAUCAAUUCCACAUUGACGUUUGCAAAGUUCAUUUCGCUAAUAAAUGAGUUUAAGAUAUAGAGAACGCCACGGGACGACUCGUUGGAUCCACGAAUAACCCAUAUUUCUAAGAAAACGCUUCUCAGGCUGGUAUGGAUUAGCUUGACGCUAACUGUCUGCAAAGGUCUAAUGAGCAGCCUGUAAAGAGCUCACGAACAGCUUGUAAAUAGCAGCCAUGGGGGUUACAGUUGGAGCAAACUGAUCCAUCAAUAAAAAAGCCACCGAGUCUGACGUUAUGGUGUACUUAACCGCAGCUGUUGCUUUGCUCUCAGACAAGUCACACAUAUACACAACUCUAAAGCACUUGACAAGAAUCUUAAAGACCUUGUGAAAUCAAAAUUGCUUAGUUUGUGUGUUAGCUCUGUGGCUAAUGCUAGCUGACAAAACUAACACACACAAUUUAAAAUUUACAGUCUUCAGGUAAAUCGGACCUCAAAAUUAAAUGACAAAUUUUUGUCCAAUCAAAAGCUCUAGAAUAAAAUCUGAAUUGGUGGAUAUUUGUUAGCUUUGAUGCCAAUUCUAGAGUACUAUGUUGACAAUAUUGCGUUUUACCAGCAAUAUGCAUUUAAAUAUACGUCUCUCAUUUUUUCACUUGGAAAAUGGACCAAAAAUACUGAUUUAUCAUGCACUACAAAUUUUUGUCCAAUCAGAUGCUACACUAAUACUACUGUACCUGCAAGUAACGACACAGCAUGAUGUUUAGUUAGUCCUUUUUUACUUGUUUUCCAGUAAAAAAAGAUUAUAAAUAUCUCAAAAAUAUAUAUAGAUUAAGACCUGUUUUCAUAGAAUGUAUCUUCAAUAUGUGUAUUUUGUCUCAUCAAAGAUUUAUUUUUAGAUAUUUCAAAUGGAAAUUUAGAUGCAGUACUUUCUAAGAGUAGAGAUUUUGCAGUGUAAUAAGUAGCACAUUAUGGCUGUAAUGUAACCUAAAGGCUAUUGGCUAUUUAAAAUAAGUUGACACGCCCCGACUUCUUGUUUUAAAGGGAAAUGCAUCAACGCUAUACACAUAAAAAAAGAUUUCACAGGGUCUUUAAAUAUUAAAUGGACAAUAUUCUUGAAACGAGUUGUUUUCCUAUGCAUUUAACGUUCUUGUUUGCGUUUUUCGCGUUCUAUCCACGCUGCCCUUACGCUACUCUCACCGUUUGCCAACUCGCCAAUUCCACACUGCCUUCAUAGAUAUGCCAAAACUAAAGAUAAUACAGUGACACAGAAGUACAGGAAGUUCAGGUCCUCCCAGAAUUCACAAAUAAACAGAAAUAGAUGCUAAAACAGAGCUCUAGAAUCUAGGUAGGACAGAAAAGCACAUGUUUUGACCUCAUUUGAUUUCCACUGUGGAUAUUUGACCUGUUUGUCUUCCCUAAAAAUAUAUCUGUAUGUUAAAUGUUUAAUCUCGCAGACGUCAGAAAUAAGUUUUGCCGGAAAACAUUAAUGUCGCCUGUAUAUCACAGCCGUUUUUUUAGCCUCAGGUCGCGCCGAAAUGGAUCGCAUUCGAUUCACAGGUUAUAAUGGCCUUUUUUUGCUGAACUCUCUCCAUUUCCAUCGUCUCUCUCCUGUCCUGUGGUGGCAUAUCAGAACGUGGUGAUAUACAGACACGCAGCCCUCGGGCAUCGGCGCUCUAAUAACCUCAUGUUGCAGGGGCCUUCCUCACAGAAUCUCUCCAUGCCAGAUGUGAAUUAUUAAAAUCAAAUUAAAUUUGGCCUGCAUGUAAAAGCAAGUGUAAUACAAAUUAAAAAUGGCAACUAGUGCCUGAAGUUUAAUAAGUUUGAAGGAUGAUAUCAUUACAGCUUGAAAGAAAAAAAAUGAGAUUGGAAAGGCAUAUAAAAUGAAACCUGAUGUGUUGAAAGGUGAACCGACGGCGUUAAUACAAAUUGCAUUUUCCCCAGAAACGAGGGGGUGGCUGGGGGGCGUUUUGCACUACAGGUAUUUCUGAAGAAACCAGACCACCAGCAUUUCAUACUUGCUUUCUUCUCAUUCAAACCACAUUCACGUUUCGUUCCUCAGAUCUUCAUGCCGAACUUUGAUCUGUGAGCAUGCUCAAGGGGGGAAAGGGUGGGAAAGCUUUGGGGGGUUAAAGUGUUAUAAAGGUACUACUCAUAUUAACAAUAUGAUUCUUUAACUAUGGUUUGUAUGCUAAGGAAAGUAGCUUAUUAUAGAUAUGAAAUCUGUAUAUUAGGGAACAGCAGCACAUUUCUCAGAUUCUAUAGGGAAAGUAGUCAGUGGGCGGGUGGGUUUCGGGGUGGGGCGGGUUU